UGCGUGUUUGGGCUACAUUGAUUUCGCGGGACCAAUAAAAAAACGCGAUGACCGACACCGCCACCGCCAAGGAAGUUGAACGCGUGCUUACGACAUCCGAUUUGGCCGACGAGAACGAGCUGGACGAGAACGAGCAACAUGUGGCUGCGUGGAUAAAAGGCAUGCAUGAAUCGGAGAUCGCUAGGCUGACGCAGGCGGGCGCCAAGGCGGUGCCGCUCAAGGUCAAGAACAUGGCGAUCGUGCGGGAGGACGCCGGCGUGGUGCUCAACCGCGUGGAGGUGGACACACGCUUCUCCAUGGACCGAAUCGAGCAGAUCCUCGUCGCGGAAGAGAUCACAUCUGUGCCACGCAAGCCACACUUCGUGUACGUGAACGUGUUGCUGCUGCCCAAAGCGUCGACGAUUGCCCUAGUGAUGCCGUACGUGUACGACACGCGGGUGGCCGGCAACACGUUGACGCAAUGGGUGUUCCUCAAUAAUAACAUGGAGCGAUCGCAUCAUGUGAUCGGGUAACCCUUUUUUUUCGCUCC